AUGCGGUCGUUCUUGUACUUUCUCGUUGGAGCAGGGAGUUUGAUUGAAGCUGCUGCUUCCAGCUCCUGUGCCUGCGGCUUCUAUGAUCGUUCUACCAAGCAAGUCUUUACUGAUUCAAUCAUCGUAUAUUUCAACGAGACACAAACUAUCCCGGAAGAUGUCUUUCAAGUCCAAUCUUACACACACAAAGCCGAGAAAGGAUGGAACAGCUUGUAUCGGCAAGGUGCUGUUGCUGGCAACAGUUUGAUAUCCACCUCCUCGGACACACAACAAGCAUUGAAUCUCUUCGUCGACCCAAGCACGAAGAACCACGUCGUCGACGGCGGCUCCAUCGUGUCUCAACGGCAAGACAUCCUCCAUGGCACUUUUCGAGCUUCUGUGCAAGGAUCAGGGCCUUGGACAGGUGGUUCUGCACUCUCGAUGAUGCUUCAAUUCAACAAGACAAGCUCGUUAGAGAUCGACAUGCUAAACAACGACAACCCGGAAAACGCUCGAAUCACCACGCUUGUCAAUGGCGAGUAUCCUUCACAAGAGUAUGGCCUGAACUAUACCGCUUUGGAGAAAGGCUCCGAUAGUCUGCCUGCUGUCAACCCGUGGGAUUUCAUCACAAUUCGCAUGGACUGGACCAAAGAACACGUCAACUUCACCUUGGCAGAGAAUCUCACUCGAUCAAUCUCCUACAAGAAGGAAUUAUUUCCUACAGAGCCUAUGCCCUUGAGUUUCAAGCAUUGGUCCACUGGUGACUCUGAAUGGAUGCAAGGGCCUCCAAAGAACCGUUCUGUCGCUAGUGUGGCAUGGGUUCGAGCUUUCUUCAACUCAUCUGUCACUACAACUGUACAACAACAGCAAUUCGAUGCUCAAUGCAAUCUUGCUCUAGCAUGCGACGUUGACGAUGUAACGCUAAGAUCAACGACAAACUACACAUCUGCUUCGCUCAAAGCAUGGAAAGAGCCUCCCAGAAACGAAAAGUGGCAGCUGCCAUCGGGGCUUGUUGCCGGCUCCUCCUCUUUCUUUGGCCUCGUUGCUCUACUUAAUGUGCUCUUACGAAGAAAGCCGUGGGAAAAGCUCAUGGCCAAGGCUCAGGAAUCUGGAGAGGCACUGCAAAAGCAGCCUUCAUCGAGCAGUAGUGAUGAUAAGCUCCACAUGCCUCGAUCAGUCUCUAGCUCAACGCUUGGUAGUGUGGGUGCCUCGAAGCCAAAGUGGGACUACAAAUGUACUACUUCCGAAGCAUCGUCUUCGAACUUGACAACACCUUGGGGAGCGAGGACGCCUGCAUCGUUGUCUAGAGCACCAAGCACAGCCGAUUUCAUUGACAUGGCACUGCUCCGCAAGNNAAAAAUGUCCGAAGACUGUCCUACACCAUUCGGUGUUUCACUCAACCAGAACAACUUACGCCAAAGCCCUUCGACUGGUAGCGACGGUUGGUCAAGCAAUGGCAACACACUUGUCUGUCCCACUCCCGAUAUCAAUUUCAGCAAGCCUAUCAAAAGUCCAGAGACGAUCCGAGAAUCUGUAGAAAUCAGAGUCCUCGAAAGAAAGUCACUCGAGUCCGAUGAGAAGCUGAAGCAAGCUAUCGUUACUGCACAUGAAGUGCCCUCUCAGGCAAUGUCCGCCACAAGUCCUACACUGCCACCUCGUACAACCGCCCCUCCCAAGCGCAUCGACUAUCUCGCUGGCCUCGUUGCGAUAUCAUGUAUCGGUGUUACCCUCAUCCAUUUCACCCUGACGUUCAUUCCCUACGCUGGUGGUCUAGGCUACGGAAGGCACUACAAAUCAGAGCUAUACUCGCGCUGGUCUGCCACACCCAUUCUCUUGAAUCCUAUCUGGAUUGGUCCAUUCUUCACUACCUCCACUCGCUUCCUGGCUUCCNNAAAUUUCUUGCGUACCGGAAACCUUGCUGAUGUUGCUAAGAAGAUGCUGCUCAGAGCACCGCGCAUGGUCAUACCUGCCAUAGUCGUAGCGGGACUCGAGUAUUUCUUCAUCGAACUGGGCUUGACUGCAAAAUUGGAAUGGCUUCCCUCCAUCACUUGGUCAACUUGGCCGUGGGUCGCGAACUACCCCAAUUUUGGCUGGUUCAUGAACGAGAUUCUAGAACUCGGGUAUCUGAUUCCGAACAAGGCCCCUGGCAUCGUCAACCACUACUGCGUAGGUGUUCUGUGGACAAUCCCUGUACAGCUACAGUUUAGUUACACUACACUGCUUGGUGCAGUUAUGAUCCGUGAGAUGAAGUCUCACUGGAAGCGCUUUGCCUUCUACUUCUGGUGUAUCUCUGUCAACUGGUACUCCAUGAACUGGGGUAGUUGUUUCUGGGUUGGCCUUCUCAUCGCCGAUCUGAACGUAACUUAUAACUAUGUUGCCUUCCUUCAAGCAAGACCUAAGUAUCUGUACCCGAGCUAUAUUGUUCUGUGGAUCUUAGUCAUUCAGGGACCUCUUUGGACCUUCCUCGAGGACCGUGGCUUCUAUACCUUGAUGACUCGGGAACGCAACAUUCAUCCCAAUCUCGCUACAGGUGCACCUCAAGGCCAAGUGGCAUCGGAAUACCCAGCUUACUUUGAGCCUCGCCUCAACACUAUCCCUUUCGCUGGCGCCGUACAAAUGAUGACUGAGCUCAGCACCUCCUUCCAAUGGUUCCUAUCGCUCAAGCCCUGGAUCGUCCUGUUCCCACACACAUUCACCAUCUACCUGAUCCACGGCUUCGUGUUUUGGUCUUUCGGUGCUUGGUUGUGCGUCACUCUCGCCUCAAUGGAUAUCUUGCCUUACUGGGCAAUUUGUUUGAUUCUGUUCGUAUGCUGCUAUGCCGUUAUCGGUAUCGCUGCUUUGUGUAUUACACCGUUCUCUGAGGGUGCAGCCAUGGCGUUGUGCAGAAACUGUUGGAGAUGGGCUAGUGAGGAGCCGGUGCCUCAUCGCAAGACGCUUCAGCCUUUCCGCAAAGAUUUGUUCUUGAACAGGAACGGUGCAGAGGCAAAGGACGAAGAGGUCGCAGUGCAUGGACCUGUUGAGAUUCUUGACGAGAAAAACUUCGAGGACGAGGAUGAUAAAGGGAAGGGUGUCCAUGAUGGCCCGUUUGAUGAUGUGAAUGAAGUGUCUAGUGAGUCUUCCGGGUCGAGNACCCGUCUCUGA